GCGCCUAUUUCCCGCCAUUGUGCGAAGUGGAGGCUGGGGGCCCGCACGCGCCGCCUGCCCGUGGCCAGCUGCUCCUUGGCUGCCGCCGCCACAGCCGCCGUUCCCUGAGGCGCGGGCAGGCCGGGCGGCCCGCGCCCCGAGGCUCGCCGUGCGUGGGAGGGCGCGGGCGACGAGCGGCCGAGCCCCCGAGGAGGAGCCGCGGCGCGGGACGCCGGGCCGCGCCGGCCCCGGCCCGUCGGCGAGAUGCCCUGUGGGGAGGAUUGGCUCAGCCACCCGCUCGGGAUCGUGCAAGGUUUCUUCGCCCAAAAUGGAGUUAAUCCUGACUGGGAGAAGAAAGUAAUUGAAUAUUUUAAGGAAAAGCUGAAGGAAAAUAACGCUCCGAAAUGGGUGCCAUCAUUGAAUGAAGUUCCCCUUCAUUACUUGAAACCUAACAGUUUUGUGAAGUUUCGCUGCAUGAUUCAGGAUAUGUUUGACCCGGAGUUUUACAUGGGAGUUUACGAAACGGUUAACCGAAACACAAAAGCACGUGUCCUUCAUUUUGGAAAAUACAGAGAUGUAGCAGAGUGUGGGCCUCAACAAGAAGUUGAUUUAAACUCUCCACGAACUACCACAUUGGAAAGACAAACUUUCUAUUGUGUUCCAGUGCCUGGGGAAUCUACGUGGGUAAAAGAAGCCUAUGUUAAUGCAAACCAAGCUCGAGUCAGUCCUUCAACGUCCUACACCCCCAGUCGUCACAAGAGGAGUUAUGAAGAUGAUGAAGAUAUGGACCUACAGCCCAGCAAACAGAAAGACCAGCAUGCGGGUGCCAGGCAAGCAGGCAGUGUUGGUGGUCUUCAGUGGUGUGGAGAGCCAAAACGUUUAGAAACUGAAGCUUCUACUGGGCAACAGCUGAACUUCUUGAACUUCUCUUCUCCUUUUGACCUGAAUUUUCCACUGCCAGGGGAGAAGGGCCCUGCAUGCCUUGUGAAGGUCUACGAAGACUGGGAUUGUUUCAAAGUAAACGAUGUUCUUGAGUUAUAUGGCAUUCUGUCUGUGGAUCCUGUGCUAAGUACACUGAAUAGUGACGAAAGGGAUGCCUCUUCGCUCCUGGAUCCAAUGGAAUGCACAGACACGGCUGAAGAGCAGCGAGUGCACAGUCCUCCUGCCUCGUUAGUGCCAAGAAUCCAUGUGGUUUUAGCCCAGAAGUUGCAGCACAUCAAUCCUUUACUGCCUGCUUGCCUUAACAAGGAGGAGAGCAAAACCUGUAAGUUCAUUUCCGGUUUCAUGUCCGAACUGUCUCCGGUCCGGGCAGAGCUGCUUGGUUUCCUCACGCACGCCCUUCUGGGAGACAGCCUGGCCGCCGAGUACCUUAUCUUACAUCUCAUCUCCACAGUAUAUACAAGAAGAGAUGUUCUUCCACUGGGAAAAUUCACAGUUAACUUGAGUGGUUGCCCGCGGAAUAGUAGCUUCACAGAACACUUAUACCGAAUUAUUCAACAUCUUGUUCCAGCAUCUUUUCGCCUGCAGAUGACGAUAGAGAACAUGAACCAUUUGAGAUUCAUCCCCCACAAGGACUAUGCAGCCAACCGCCUCGUCAGCGGGCUCCUCCAGCUCCCCAGCAACACUUCCCUUGUGAUCGAUGAGACUCUCCUGGAGCAGGGGCAGCUGGAUACACCAGGUGUUCAUAAUGUGACUGCCCUGAGCAACCUAAUAACUUGGCAGAAAGUGGAUUAUGACUUCAGUUACCACCACAUGGAGUUCCCCUGCAAUAUUAAUGUUUUUAUCACUUCGGAGGGGAGAUCACUCCUCCCGGCCGACUGCCACAUCCGCCUGCAGCCGCAGCUCGCCCCGCCCAACAUGGAGGAAUACACCAACAGCCUCCUGGCCGCGGUGCUGCCGUCCGUGCUCAACAAAUUCCGCAUUUAUCUGACCCUCUUGCGGUUCCUGGAUUACAGCAUUUCUGAUGAAAUCACUAAGGCGGUCGAAGAUGACUUUGUGGAAAUGCGCAAGAAUGACCCUCAGAGCAUCACCGCGGACGACCUCCACCAGUUGCUCAUCGUUGCCCGGUUUCUGUCUCUCAGCGCCGGUCAGACAACGCUGUCUAGGGAACGAUGGCUAAGAGCAAAGCAGCUAGAGUCUUUAAGAAGAACCAGGCUUCAACAGCAGAAAUGUGUGAACGGAAAUGAACUUUAAAGAUCUGACACUUAUGAGAGUAGUGGGCAAGUUGUAGCCACAUUAUUGUAAAAUUCAAAUGCCAUUUAUACCACAUUGUUUUGUAGAUAAUUUGUAUCAAAAACCAAUGACUUUUCCUGAAAUCAAGCCUGGUAACAUCUGAAGUUUAUAUAAUAUUCAGUAAGGGCUUUUA